GACAGAUUGGAAUCAAAAUCAAGUUAACCCAUGCCCUUGGUCAAAUGUUAUUUGUGAUGGUAACAAUUAUGUAAAAUCUGUAACAUUAUCAUCCAUGAACUUUUCUGGAACCUUGUCCCCUAGAAUAGGAAUUCUGAAGACUCUUACAACACUUACACUGAAAGGAAGUGGUAUAACUGGUGAGAUAUACCAGAAGAGUUUGGAAACUUGUCAAGUUUGACCAGCUUGGAUUUGGAAAAUAAUCAUUUAAGUGGUGAAAUACCACCUUCCCUUGGUAACCUUCAAAAGCUUCAGUUCUUGUAAGUAAUAGUGUUCUUAGCUUCUGAAGUAUGUUUUUGUAACUUUUUUUUCCUGUUUCCUCUUUCAAUAUUCAUGAAAGGGUGUUCUUUUUUACCCUAUGCAAGCAGUACGUUAAGUCAAAACAAUCUUACUGGGGCAAUCCCUCAGUCACUUUCUGGUCUUCCAAACUUGAUCAAUCUGAAACAGCUUAAAUUGUGUUGAAAAUUCUUUACACCCCUGUGUAUCUGUGAAUGAUUCAGGUGGUUCUCGAAAGCCCAGGAUUGGAAUUAUUGUUGGAACUGUUGGACUUGAAAUUCUUGUUCUUUUGGGUAGCUUACUAUUCUUCCUGUGGAGGGGUAGACGGAAAGGCUACAAACGCGAAGUAUUUGUGGAUGUUGCUGGUUUGUAUUACUUUUCACUUGGUCAAAACUCUUUGAAAAAAUAAUUCUAUCAUUUUCCUAACAAUUCUCUCUCUCAUUUUCAUUUUCUCUCGUUUGCUUGGCACUGCUGGGUCCAAUGAGUUUUAUGUAGGUUGAGUAAUUUAUGCUAUGAGCAAGGUUUUACUUAAAUUUGUACAAGUGGCACAAAUCUCCUAGCAGUUAAAAUGAUAAAUAUAAGUUGGUGAUUUGU